ACUUUUUCUCCCGGGUAGGUGUAGUUUGCCCCGGGUGAAAAGUGACUGACUGGGAUUGUUCGACAUUGCGCAUUGAUCGCCUAUUCUGUGAAGAGCGAGGCUGCAAUCAUUCAAUUCGCCCUUGCACUCCUUCUAAACAAAGCUUUAAAACAAUUUGUCAAAAACGCAGUCCAUUCUGUGUUACAGAUUAUAAUUUUGGAAACAGAAACCUGUAUGGAGAUCAAAUGUUUCAUCGAUGAAAAUAUUUGCUGAAUUUCGGCCAAAAUCUUCCUCCAUCUUUUCCCACAGCCGACCAUUGGGCUUCCUGUCGUCACCAAAUUUGGUAGUGAGUGGAAACUCUAACCGGAUGCUUCACAUUUAUACAUCUGAAGCGCCGAAUAUGUCGCAAUCUAUGCGGACAGAUACCUCAGUAACUGCAUGGCUUUACCUGCGGGCAUAAAAGACACGCUGCUACGAAUCAUGUCAUCACAGGGCAAGGUGACCGACCUAAACAUCAGCCAGCUGAUGCAUCUUGGGACACACAAGCUGGACAUGAUGAACUGCAGAGUGUCUGACUCCGCCCUGCAACAGAUCCGCUGUCCGCAGCUCCGGAUGAUCCUUCUGCGAGGCCAACCCAGCAUCACCUCAGAUGGUGUGAGGGCCCUGGCGGCCUCCUGCCCAGGCCUGCAGGUCGUGGAUCUGACCGAGUGUGCUGCAGUGACCGAUGAAGGGGUCCUGGCGCUGGCCCACGGCUGCAGUUCGCUGGAGGUCCUCUCCCUCUGGGGCUGCUCUGCUGUGGGAGAUGCCGCCCUGCUGGCACUGGCAGGAAACUGCAGGCUUCUCCAUAGCCUCAAUCUCUCGGGAACCCAGGUUACAGAUGAGGGUGUCAUUGGGCUGGCUACUGCACCGUGCUCUAAUAGUUUGAAGGAACUCCAGUUGGCCCGAUGUCGUAACCUGACAGGCAAGGCCGUGAAGGCUGUCCUUACAAGCUGCCCCAACGUCCGGAUCUUUACCUUCGAUGGAUGUCCUCUCAUCACUGAUCAAGAGGCCCUGCAUAACCUUUUAGACCCAGAUAAGUUCCAACAGGUAUCAUGGACAGUGUACUGAGGGAAAAGUUACCCAUAAAUGCAGACCUAGGAACAGAUUACCCUACCCACAAUCCUUAACCUACCCAUUAGAUUAUCUGACCCUGGAUCAAGGCAUUAGGAGCAACUUGUACUUACUCCAAGGGAGCACUGAAGAGGAUGGCAGGAGGAGGGAUGGAAAGAACACACACAAACUCCUUAAAAGCUUCUGGGACCGAAGUGACUGAACUAGGCUAAUGGUUGUUAUUUACAGUCCGCUAAAGAAAAAAACACCGGUCUCAGUAAAUCUUAGCUUUGUAGUGUGAUUAUCAUCAAUAACAGUGGUUGAAGAUCAAACCUCUAGUUAGUUGGAUGUGCUGCUCAGUGUUCUAUUCUCUGUCAAUGUUUGCAAUUUAUACACAGAAAAACAUUUCUUAUUUAUUCUCUAACAAUUUUUUUUUUGUAAAUGCACUUAGGACAUUCUUUUCACUGUACUUCAUUUGAGAUGUCCUUGCUGUAACCUGGUUGUAUGCACGCAGCACCCUGUUGUUACUCUCUUCUCCUGUUGUAAAUAUGUAAGCACAAAAGUAGUGAUACAAUCUUACAUUUGGAAAUAAAUAAUAUGUUGGAGCCAA